AUGAACCCAGAUAUAUAUUCUGGGCCCCCAGAUGGGGGCUGGGGGUGGGUGAUUGUGCUGGCCAGUUUCAUGCAGUCAGCCCUGGUCUUUGGGGUCAUCCGAUCUUUCGGGGUCUUCUUUGUGGAGUUUAUGGAAUAUUUUGAGGAGCCGUCAAGUGCCACUUCUUGGAUUUCCUCCAUCACAGUGGCCACGCUGAUGUUCUCCAGUCCACUGGCAGGUGCGCUUGGUUCGCGAUAUGGAGAGCGUCCCGUUGCCAUCGCUGGAGGGUUCCUUUUGGGCCUCGGUCUGCUUUUAUCCUCGUUCGCCACCAGCCUGGCUCAGCUGUACAUCUUCAUCGGUGUAUUCACAGGAAUCGGUGGCAGUUUUGCCGUCACUCCUUCCUUGGCUUUGCUAGCUCGGUAUUUCAACCGCCGCCGCACCAUAGCCAACUCCUUGGCCCUUUCUGGCGCUGGCAUCUCUUCGCUGGCAUUCUCGCCCCUCUUCCAGCUCCUGGUGGAUUCCUAUGGCUGGCAGGGGGCCCUCCUAAUUUUGGCAGGCAUGGCCUUCAACCUGAUGGUUUGUGGUGCCCUCCUUCGCCCACUGCCCUUGACCAAGAAUGACACAUUGGUGCCUCUGGAACGGGAGAGCCAGUCAAGGCGGCUGGCAUCCCUCUUUGGGCUGCAUUUGUUCUGCCACCGACCCUUCAUGACCUUCAGCGGGGCCGGAGUGCUGAUUACUGCUGGCUACUUCAUACCCUUCAUCCACCUCGUGCCUCACGCUAGGGAGCUGGGCUUUGACGAAUAUCAAGCUGCCUUCCUCAUCUCGGCGGUGGGCAUUGCUGACAUUGGUGGGCGCAUCACUGCCGGCUGGCUGGCUGGCUGCACUUCCCUUCACCUCCUCCACCACCUCACCAUCUGGGCCCUUCUGACGGGCAUCUCCGUGCUGGCCGUGCCCCUGGGACGCAGCUAUGGGGUGAUGCUGGCCAUCAGCAUCUGCUACGGGUUCCUGGCCAGUGCAAUCAUCCCGCUCAAGUUCUCCAGCCUGGUGGGAAUCGUCGGCACCGGACAGAUCAUGGGAGCCAUUGGCCUGAUCCACCUGUUGGAAAGCGUUGGGGCGCUGUCAGGGCCUCCCCUUUCAGGUUGGAUCCGGGACGUGAGUGGGAGCUACGCAGCCUCUUUCCUGGCAGGAGGCUUCUUCCUUGUUGCCGGAAGCUUGUCUCUUCUCCUCUUGCCAGACUACUUUGCCUGCCAAUCCCACAACCCUCCACAACCCCAGGAAGGGCAUAAACAGGAGGAUUUGCAGGAUCCCAGCCAGGAAAAUGGAGUUUGCUCUGCCUAG